AUGGGGUCCGUGUUCCUGAACCCGCAUCUUCGAUCCGACCUUGGAGAUCUUGCGCUUCUCCAUCUCCGCAGAGACCAGACCAUCCCGACGAUACUCCAGCUACAAGAUGAAGAAAACCAGGGCUACAAGGAAGGCAAGGUGACCAACACGCGGUUUGGCUCGUUCCCGCACAGCACACUCAUUGAUCAACCGUGGGGGUCGCAAAUCGUCGCCUCCAUAGUUGACACGGGCUCCCGGGGUCGCAAGCCGAACCAGAAACUCAAGCGCAAAGCGGCCGAUCUGGAAUCACCAACACCGACGAACAAGGACGAAGCGCAGUCAUCACCAGGAACCCCCGUCGCAGCAGCCAGCGGCUUCCUCCAUCUCCUAUACCCCACGCCCGAGCUAUGGACCGCGUCGCUCCCGCACCGGACACAGGUUGUCUACACGCCCGACUACAGCUACAUCCUGCACCGGCUGUGCGUUCGCCCCGGGUGCACGAUCCUCGAGGCAGGCGCCGGCAGCGGCUCCUUCACGCACGCUUCCGUCCGCGCCGUCUUCAACGGGUACCCGUCCGACGCGCCGCCGGCCAAGAAGCGACGGCUGGGCAAGGUCUGCAGCUUCGAGUUCCACGCGCAGCGCGCGCAGCGCGUCCGCGAAGAAAUCCACGAGCACGGCCUGGACGGCCUGGUCGAGGUGACGCACCGCGACGUGUACAAGGACGGGUUCCUGCUCGGCGACCCGGCCACGGGCAAGUCGCCCAAAGCCAACGCGAUCUUCCUGGACCUGCCGGCACCGUGGCUCGCGCUCAAGCACCUCGUCCGCAACCCGCCCUCCGGCGCCGAGUCCCCGCUCGACCCCUCCUCGCCCGUCUACAUCUGUACAUUCUCCCCGUGUCUCGAGCAAGCUCAGCGCACCAUCAGCACCCUCCGCCAGUACUCGUGGCUCUCGAUAUCCAUGGUCGAGGUGCAGCACCACCGCAUCGACGUGAAGCGCGAGCGCUGCGGCCUGGAUUGCGAGGGCGUGCGCGGCGCGAUGGUGUUCCCCAAGUCGGUCGACGAGGCCGUCGCGAAGAUGCGCGUGGUCGAGGAGAACUCGAGGAAGUUCCGCGAGUCGCGCCAACAGGAUAGUGACAACGACAACGACGACGACGAACCCACCCCGUCCGCCGGAAGGGUCAAGAAGGCCGAAGCCGAUGAGAGACCCAUCCGCGAUAUCCCAUUGCACUCCACCGCUCCUGCAUCGUCCACCCCCGCGUACGAUCUCGGCCGAGUGGUCCACCGGACGGAGCCGGACUUGAAAACACACACCUCGUAUCUCGUCUUCGCUAUUCUGCCUCGCGACUGGACCGAGGAGGAUGAGCAGCGGUGUCGGCAGGCUUGGCCGUCGCAGCAGGUGGGCGGUUCGCCGGACGCCGGGAAACCGAAGGGCAAGCGACAAUUGAAGCGCGAGGCGAAGGAACUGGAGGCGCAGGAUCAGAAGGCGGAGAAGUCGGCGGAGGCUUCUGCGUCUCAGUCUCAGUCUCAGUCUCAGUCAUAG